UGCAACAGAUGUUUCAAGUUUUGAGCAAGCGUGCAAUUGGCAUGUUGACUGCAGGAAAGUCCACCAGAGCUGUUGGCAAAGAAUUUAAUUGUCAUUUCUCUACCAUAAGCUGUCUCCAACUUUGUAUUUAGAGAAUUUGGCAGUACGUCCAAUUUGCCUCACAACCGCAGAACACAUGUAACCACGCCAGCCCAGGAACUCCACAUCUGGCUUCUUCACCUGCAGGAUCAUGUGAGACCGGCCACCCAGGCAGCUGAUUUGGGGAAAAACUCAUUCUGAUUGGCUGGUCUCAGAUGAUUAGGGCCUAAUUCAAUUAUUUCAAUUGACUGAUUUCCUUAUAUGAACUGUAACUCGGUAAAAUCGUUGACAUUUGUGCAUGUUGCAUUUAUAUUUUUGUUUAGCAUAUACAUUAGAAAUCAUAUUCCAAAAUAAAUGUCAGGGUGAAAAGAAUUGAAAAGUCAAAUAUUGUUUGACAGGUUUUUCUUGCUUUCGUGACCAAAGGAGACCAGACCAAUGAUAUUCGUCAGUGCAGAAAAGUUCAGGUGAGGGGGAGUGGAGAGGUGUCAGGUAACAUUAUUCACUCAUGAGUCACUGUUUUUACCUGCCAGUGAAGAACCGGAAGGAUACAGUUUGAGUGGAUUCUACUUACAUUUUUUAAGAGAUAAAUAUUGAAACGAUACUAAUCAAGACGCAUUUGCACCUGUGAUGAGGUGAGUGACCAUGGCUCAGCACUAUGAUGGUCUGUCCCACUGUAAGCUGGCCCUGGCGUUUGCCAUAUUGAUGGACCUGCUAGGUGUGUCUGCUCUGCUGGUCGGGGUCUUUGCCCCAUUAGAGAUUAAGGGACAGGACUUUGGGGACCUGCUGGUGUACUCUGGGGCUCUACUGAUGCUCAUGUCCCUGGGAGGAUGGGUCAUGUGGUACAGCGGGAACCUCGAGGGCCUGACCUCCAAGAAGGAGCUAGGGGGAACCAUGGGUGCCAUGGACCGGCUGGCCCGCUCCCUCAGCCGCAGGAUACGACUCCCCAGGAGCCACAGCAGCCCCUCAUGAUGCUUCAUGGUCAGGCGUAGGAGAAGGGCGUGGUUGUAGGGGAGGAUCCUCAGUGUCUCCAUUAGACUAUUGGCCCCUGACAGUCAAACUGCCUGGGGGUCUGGGAGCAGAACCAGGCUACGGCCUGUGAUGUGAACGGGAAAAAGCGGGGUUGGGAGGAGCGCCCUUCUCAAAUCACACAGUAAUCUGCGCCGCUCGGUCAUGUUGUCAUCAAGGCAGCAUAUGUUCACAUUUUCAAACUAUUUUUCAUUAAGAAGGCAGAUAAUGAUUGCUUUUGAUACAAAGGCUUUUUGGUAUGUGAAAAUCCAGAAUCCUACUCAUUACUCCACGUGGUUAACCUGUUACUUUAUUUUUGGAGCUGACGGGGAGGAUCUCGGUUCCAAAACGAAUGUAAUCAAAGCUAACCCGCUUCAGCUGGGGCAGGAAAAAGAUUCCGUUUAAGAUAUAUUUUUUUUAUAGAACUCCCUCAUUCUUUAACCCAAGUUCCACCACCUCCACAGUGGAAGAGACUUACAUACUGCUAGUUCACUAGUGUCAAUUACAAGAUGGAAAAACUAUUGCUCAUUGCAUUUUAUUGUGACUUGACCUUUGCUAAAACACCUCAGGUAGAUAACAAAAUUGUACAGACUGUCUGAAUAGGAUUUUAAACGAUCAAGCAUGGAGGCCAUUCAUAGUUCACUUGGUUGGUUUGUUUAGGCUUGAAUCUGUACAGAAUUGGUCUGUAUAUUCAUAAUAAUCCAUGUGUUAUGGUUUUCUUUGAAUCGUAAUAGGG